CUGAACUAGAACGAACAAGCUAAGCACAUUCCUUCCCUUCACAAUGCGUAUUCUUGUUUUGCUGCUUCAUCUUCUUCUCAAAACCUUCAUUGAAGAAGAAGCAGCACCUAAAAUACAAUCGAUACUAAUAACUAAUAAGAGAAUAAUACCUAAAAAAAGGAAAGGAAAAGAAACCUCAAAACGAAACGCGAUUCGCCAAAAAGAAACGGCCGCAAUCUAACAGGGCCAAAAAAUGAGGUUCUGCCCAAACAAGCUCUUUACUAAAGCCCGCAACCUCAUCGGUAUCGGGCUCGCCUCGUCCGCCGCUGUUUCCGCCGCCGGAGCCUCAUCCUCCACUUCCUCCUCCGCCGACACUUCCUCCACUUACACUACCACCACCACCUCCGAUUCUCCUUCCUCCACUUCUUCCUUCCCCGUCGACUCUUCAACCGACGACGACCAGAGAAGGAAGCUCUGCAUCAUCGGAAGUGGCCCGGCGGCGCACACCGCCGCAAUCUACGCCGCGCGAGCUGAGCUCCGGCCUGUUCUCUUCGAAGGAUGGAUGGCCAAUGGCGUCGCUCCCGGCGGCCAGCUCACAACAACUACCGACGUCGAGAACUUUCCCGGAUUUCCGGAUGGUGUCUCCGGCUCUGACCUCAUGGACCGCUGCCGCCGGCAGUCUCUCCGAUUCGGCGCUGAGAUCAUCACUGAGACGGUUUCCAAGGUUGAUUUCUCAAAGCGUCCGUUUAGGAUUUUCACCGAUUCCAGAACCGUUCUAGCUGACGCCGUCAUUGUCGCCACCGGCGCCGUCGCGAGGCGGCUGUCCUUCGACGGCGCUGGCGAUGGUCCUGGCGGAUUCUGGAACCGCGGGAUAUCAGCGUGCGCGGUCUGCGAUGGAGCGGCGCCAAUAUUCCGGAACCGGCCGCUGGCGGUUAUUGGCGGCGGCGAUUCAGCCAUGGAGGAAGCUAAUUUCCUCACCAAAUUUGGUUCCAAAGUGUAUAUAAUCCAUAGAAGGGACAAUUUUAGAGCUUCUAAGAUCAUGCAGGGUAGGGUUUUGAAAAACCCUAAAAUUGAGGUUUUGUGGAAUUCAGAGGUGGUUGGUGCCUAUGGUGAUGAAAAAAGUGGUGGCAGGGUUCUUGGCGGAAUCAAGGUGAAGAAUGUAGUGAACGAUGAUGUGUUUGAUUUGAAGGUGAAUGGGUUGUUCUUUGCAAUUGGGCAUGAGCCUGCAACAAAGUUCUUGAAUGGCCAGCUUGAGCUGGAUCCUGAUGGUUACAUUGUGACCAAGCCAGGGACUACAAUGACCAGUGUUAAGGGUGUGUUUGCGGCCGGCGAUGUCCAGGACAAGAAGUAUAGGCAAGCCGUUACAGCCGCUGGAACCGGAUGUAUGGCAGCACUGGAUGCAGAGCAUUACUUGCAAGAGAUUGGUACACAUGAAGAUACGAGUAGUUGACUAUGAAGUGGGGAUGAUUCAUGAUAAUAAAUGUUUACUUUCACCUAGGAAAGAGAAAAAAAAGAAUGUUUACUUUAUAUGUAAAUUACACUAUUCAGCAUUUGAUUUGCAGAAUUGAAGCACAACAGCAUACACAUAUUCACGUUUAUGGAUGCAUCUCUUCUAGACUCCCUAACUAUGAUGGCAAAAAUAUUUAUGUUGGUUAUUAUUGACCGGUCUAUUUUAUUUCAAGAGAAAACGUCACUUUUCUCUCUCUGUA